ACUUAAAAUUAAUGAAAACAGAGAGCCGGAAAAUUUAUUUUCAUUAAUUCCUGCUUUCCUUGAACACUAACGGAGAGUAAAGUCCACAAAAACUUGAUCGGUGCAACUCAAUUGCCACAUUGGAUACAAAAAUUACAAAAGUCAAGCAUUUAUUUCUUUAAAAAAUGUCAUUUUCCACCUUCAUCAAGUCGUCGUUCACGAGUAUCUCGCGAUUUUCACGACCGGCAUUGAGACAGAGCCAUGUCAGAACGUAUUGCGUGAAAAAAGAUCCCUCCAAGGGCAAGGGUCCCAUAACGUUCAAAACGUUGGCGACUGUCGCUAUUACAGGCUCUGGUCUAUUGGGUUUCAUGUGGUACGUGAAGGAUGAGAAAGAGCAGGCAAUGUUACGUGAACGCAAGCGAAUAUUGGGCAAAGCUGCGAUUGGUGGUGAAUGGGAAUUGAUUGACGCCGAGGGAAAAACGCGACACUCGAAAGAUUUUGCCGGCAAAUGGCUGCUUAUUUACUUUGGAUUCACCCAUUGCCCGGACAUUUGCCCCGAAGAAAUGGAAAAAAUGGCUGGAGUCAUUGAGGAUAUGGAGAAGGAAAAGGAAGCUCCACCAAUUGUUCCGUUAUUUAUCACUGUGGAUCCACAAAGAGACACCAAAGAAGUUGUCGCAAAAUAUGUGAAGGAAUUUUCACCCAAAAUUAUCGGACUUACUGGUAGCGUUGAGCAAGUUAAACAUGCCUGCAAGGCUUUUCGCGUGUAUUUCAGUGCCGGCCCACGAGACGAUGACAACGACUACAUUGUGGAUCACACAAUCAUCAUGUACUUGGUGAAUCCGGACGGAGAAUUUGUCGAUUACUACGGUCAAACGCGCAAACGGGAGGAUGUCAAAACCUCAAUUUUGAUCAACAUGGCAAAGUACGAUAAAUUGAACAACAAAGGUUGGUUCAGCUAGACCUCGUAAAACGAAAAAGUCACACAAUAAAAGUUCGUAAGCUAGAUAACAAA